GCCCCCUCCGGCAGCCCCGCCCCCCGGCAGGCUCGCCCCCGGUAGCCCGCGGCCAUGGCGGCGGUGGCGGCGGGCUGGCAGCCGCCGUGGCGGGCGCUGGCCGCGCUGGGCCGGGAGCUGGCGGCCGAGUGGGCGGCACAGGAUGUGCGGGCCGCGCUGUGCCAGCUGCUGCUGCUCUGGCUAGGCAUCAGCCUGCUGGGCGUCCGCCUGGCCUGGCGCGCCUACGGCGGGGCGGUGGCCGCGCUCUGCUACCGGACCGGCCCCUCCGGCCGCCGCUCCCCCGGCACCGCUUCCGCGGCCUCGCCCGCCCGGCCCCGCGCGCACUCCCUGUCCCCUGCCUGCCCCGCGGGACGCAACGGCGCCGCCGAGCGGCACUGCCCGUCCCGGGACGGCCCGGCAGCAGAGCCCAUGAAGACACACUGGGAGUGAGCAGCACUGGGACCGCCAGCUGGGUACUGCCAACAUCAUUAAAAGUGCUGUGCCCA